AUGCCGGGCGACGGCUCCACCAUAAAGAAACGCAUCCGGAAGCUGCUGCGUUCUCCGUCAGUCAGACUCAAUAACCCCGGGAAGAAAUGUCUGACCGCGAAGGUGACUCUGGAGAAGGUCCUGGGUAUCACAGCAGCGGGACACAGCGGCCUGGCGUGCGAUCCCCACUCUGGCCUGGUAGCCUACCCUGCAGGCUGCGUCGUAGUCUUGCUGAAUCCCAAGAAGAACAGACAACAGCACCUCAUAAACACGUCAAGGAAGUCGAUCACGGCCCUCGCCUUCUCCCCUGAUGGGAAGCACUUAGUCACAGGAGAGAGCGGCCAUCUCCCGGCCGUCAGGUUAUGGGAUGUGUCGGAGCGCAGGCAGGUCGCGGAGCUGCAGAAACACAACUAUGGCGUCUCCUGCGUGGCCUUCUCCCCCAACAGCAAGUACAUCGUCAGCGUGGGAACUCAGCACGACAUGACCAUCAGCGUCUGGGCCUGGAAGAAGGACGUGGUGGUGGCGGUGAACAAGGUGUCCAGCAAGGUGACGGCGGUGUCGUUCUCAGAGGACAGCUCCUACUUCGUGACCGCGGGAGUCCGACACAUCAAGUUCUGGUACCUGGACCCCUGCAAGCCCACCAAGGCGCUCUCCGCCGUCCCCCUGUUAGGACGCUCCGGCCUGCUGGGCGAGUUGAGGAACACCUCCUUCUGCGACGUGGCGUGUGGGCGGGGCUCCAGCGCCGGCUCCACCUUCUGCGUGUCCUCCAGCGGCCUGCUGUGUGAGUUCAACGGCCGCAGGACCCUGGACAAGUGGGUGGACCUCCGGACGGGCGCCGCCCAGUCCCUGUCGCUGUCCGACGGCAUCGUCUUCUGUGGCGGCGCCGACGGGACCGUGCGCUGCUUCAGCCCCGCGGACCUCAGCUUCCUGGGCACGCUGCCCAGGCCACACCCCCUGGGCUCCCACGUCGGCGCCAGCAGCCCCCUCCCCAACGCCCCCGCCGCCGCCGCCGCCGCCCCCGCCCGCUACCCGGACACCGUGGCGGUGACCUACGACCCCGCCAGCCGCUGGCUGAGCUGCGUGUACGCCGACCACAGCGUGUACGUGUGGGACGUGCGUGACGUGCGCCGCGCGGCCACCGUGCACCGGGCGCUCUACCACGCCGCCGGCGUCUGGGACCUGCAGGAUCUGAUGAGUGUGAUCUACACGGAUGAGAGCGCAGCCCCAACCACAACCCCCACCACCGCCAGCCCCACCACCGCCAGCCCCAGCCCCCUGCUGGAGGCAGACGGUACUGCGGGCGAUGGGGCGACCGGGGAGAACAGGGCCGGGAUCAGGAGCAUCUGCGUCAGUCCGGACGGGAAUCACCUGGCCUCUGGGGACCGGAACGGCAGGCUGAGGGUUCACGACCUCGGCAGUAUGAAGGAGAUUCUGAAAGUAGACGCCCACGACGGAGAGAUUCUGUGUCUGGAGUACUCCCAACAAGAUACAGGUCUGGAGCUCCUCGCCUCGGCCGGCAGGGACCGGCUCAUCCACGUGUUCGACGCGGGGAACGCCUACCGCCGGCUGCAGACGCUGGACGAGCACUCGUCCUCUAUCACCGCCGUGCGCUUCGCCGCCAAAGAAAACAGCGUGAGGUUAAUCAGCUGUGGGGCGGACAAGAGCAUCUACUUCCGCACGGCACACACGACGCACUCAGGGACAGAGUUCAGGCGAUCCCACCAUGUCUCGGGGAAGACCACCCUCUACGACAUGGGAGUGGACCCCACCUGCAAGUACGCUGCAGUGGGCUGCCAGGACCGGGCCAUCAGGAUCUUCAACAUCAGCACUGGGAAGCAGAAGAAGCUGUACAAAGGCUCAGUGAGUGAAGACGGGAGUCUGCUCAAGGUCCAAAUGGAUCCAUCUGGUCUCUACUUGGCCACCAGCUGCUCAGACAAGAACAUCAGCAUCUUUGACUUCCACACAGGAGAGUGUGUAGCCAACAUGUUUGGGCACUCAGAGGUCGUCACGGGGAUGAAGUUUACCAACGACUGCACACACCUGAUCUCGGUCUCCGGGGACAGCUGUAUCUUCGUAUGGAGGCUGGCUGCUGAGCUCACCAUGAACAUGAGAGAGAGACUCUGCCAGCUGAGGACCUCACCAGGGGGGAGCCCCUCCAGCGCGGGGGGGGGCUACGGCGCUCCCGCCCAGGUGGGCCUCUCCUCCGACAGCGACCACGAACACGAGGAGGAGGAGCCUGAGGCCGAACCCGACCGACCCGACGACGGUGACUCCCUCAGCAGCACCUCAACAACAACCGACAACGCCAGCAGCAAUGGAGGGGAGGAAGCAGGUGCUGCCGUGGUCCGGGUGGCGCCGUGCAGCCCUGUGUCCCCGGAUGCCGCCCACCGUCCCCGCCGACGGUGGUCCUACAGGUACAGGAUGGGCUCCCUGCAGCCCAUGGUGCGGUCCCUGCUGGACCUGAGGCAGCUGGACAGCUUCUCCUCCAUCGGGAGCCCCGAGCCGGCCCCCCGGACCCCCGCCAGCACCCUGGACCUGAGGGUGGCGCCGUCAGAGGGGAGUGUGACGAAGCAGCGGCCGUGGCCCCACCAGGACUGGCUGUUCUUCGGCUCUCCGAAAGGCUCCAAGGGAACCGACGGAGGUUCCCCGCGCUCCACAGAGAACCACAGCAGUCCGCAGGGCAGCGCCCCUCCUCUGAAUGGCCGUCCCGUCUGGAUGCAGGACUCCCGGACGGGGCAGGACGUCCGGAGCGCUGACAGCCCCGUCUCCCUGGGUUACGGCAGCAGAGUCUCCAGCCCGGACCCCCUCAGCCCCCACGAUUCUGCCAGUGUGACGUCCAUUGGUGCAGACAGCUCAGACGAGGAGCGCUCGGAUCGCGGGGAGGAGGAGGGGGAGCGCCAGCGGGGUUUCCUCAAGCAGAACUUUGAGUCGCUGGGAGACACCAGCAACAUCGCUGAUCUCGGUGGAACCCACGGACCCAGCAUUUCUUCUUGCUUCCGGGGCAACAGAAACAGGAGUGCCCCUCUGUUUGCUAAGAGCCGGGACGGCUCCGUGGCAGGGAUGGGGGGUCCCACUUCGCAGCCCCCCGUGUCUAAAGUCCGGCCGAUGCUGGAGGGGGUGGCCGACAACCAGAAGACCCCCAGGAUGGAAGGGACAAGCGGGCCAGAUGUGGGGCCUUCAGAAAGGGCCCCCCAGCAGGACUCGGGGGCCCAAAGGAAGAGUGGCCCUUGGAGAUUGCAACAAUGGAGGCCUUCCGGUCCCCCCCCGAAGGCCGCACCCCUGGCCGAGGUCCACGCCGCUUCACAGAACCCCUCUCCCGUCCAGAACCCGGCCUCACACCGGCCUCUCUCCCCUGCGCACUCUAGUGGCGCAGUGGCGCAACUGCAGCCCCGACCGCAGCAUCUCUCGGUGGACCCGGGCUCUCACGGAUCUCCCUCCCCGCUUCCCUCCCCCUCGCGCGGCUCGGCGCCCCCCUCCCCCUUGCCCUGGGCGAGCCCCCGGACCAAGGCCCGGCGCUCCUACAUGAGCCCCACCACCUCCUCCUCGUCCAAACGCAGCCACGCCUCCUCCUCCGCUCGGAGUGCGGAACGACGGGGCUCCCUGGACGCGGAGCCGCGCCCCUCGAAGAUCCCCCUGCCCCGACGCACCCAGAGCCUGCUGCUGACCCUCGGCCUCCGCCCGGAGCCGAAGACGCCCGCGCUGCCUCGGCCUCGUGCCUCUACCCCAGUGCCCUUGGGCGCGGACCUCCCCGCCAGCAGGCCAGAACACUCUGUCACCUUGGAAACCUGUAUUCAGGCGGUGGGUGAACUCCACAACAGUCUCAAGAGGACGGUCACACUCUACAGCCUGACUCUGAGCGGGGGCUGUGAUGCCGCUGACGACCAGGAGGAGAUGAGGAAGGUGCUGUCGGAGGCCCUGGGCGCGGUGAGGGCCCAGCUGGACCCUCUGCCCUGCGGCGGGGGGGCCCCUGAUGGGCCCCUGGGCCCCCGGGGUGGGGGGGACCGGGCCGCCCUGGCCCUGCUGGAGCAGUACUCUGAGCUGCUGCUGAGGUCCGUGGAGAAGAGGCUGGAUGGGAAGACCUAGGGUGCCGCACAUUGGGUGUGUAGUGUGCACCCACACACACACACACAUGCACAACCAUGCAUGCACGCGCAUACACAC